GGUUUAUAAGAGUCACAAAAAAACAAAGGCAGAUAAACAACGCAAAUUCAUCAAGUCCAGUAAAUAAAUAACUUUUUUUGAGAAAUCAACAAUGGACUCCAACAAAACCGCUGCGGAAAAGCUGGCGGAGCGAAAGGCGCGACUGCUGGACCUGCACAAAAAGCGCCAAGAAGCACGCACGGACAACCACCAGGAAGUGGUGGCGGAAGACGCCCGUAAGAAGUUGCCCAAGAACUGGGAGGCUCGCAAGCGCCAGGCCGAGUGGAUUCUGGCGGAUGACAAGGCACGCGCCGAUGCAAAGGCGGCAGGCAAGGACUACGAGCGUCUCAAGCUUCUCGAGGUGUCCGCCGUAGACGCAGAACGCAUCGAGAAAAAAAAGAAGCGCAAGGACAAUCCGGAUCUUGGUUUCUCAACAUACGAGGCCCAGACAGCCAGGCAAUACACCAGACUGGUUAAAUCAAUGCCGCCCCGCGACAUGGAGAAGUAUGAAAGGCAGAAGGAAGAGCUGGGCGAUGCAUUCUACGGCGGACCGCACACAACAUUGCAUGCCCGGACAAAGGACACGCCGGGCGCCAUCAACAAAAUGGUCAAUGAUCUGGAGCAGCAAAUAGAGCGCCGUAAGAAGUACUCCCGCAGGCGCAUCUACAACGACGAUGCGGACGUGGACUUCAUUAACGAACGCAACUCAAAGUUCAACAAGAAGCUGGAUCGCUUCUACGGCGAGCACACGGCGGAGAUCAAGCAGAAUCUGGAGCGCGGAACCGCCAUUUAAGUUUAGUGUUUAUAUGUUCAAUUUCAUAUUUUUAAGAUCUUAACAAAGUGUACCUAACAUUUAUAGUGUACCUAUGCUUUUUAUAUUAAAAUCGAGUUGGCAGCCCUGCUUCUCUGACCUGGAA